AUGGUCUACUCUGUGCAAAACGCAGCCGCUCAUUGUUUCGACACUGGAAGGGAUCAGCGAUCAACCCAAGUGCUCGCCAAUGAGAGCUCAGAUCUGGAUCCUGGAUCUAAAGCUCUUCUCAUCCCGAACAGCGCUUCAAAGAGUGGCUCUAGUGCCCUUGAAAUUGACGCCAUUCCUAUUGGUUCUGAUGAGCCGACUUGCGGAGACUUUGCCGAUAGCGACAUCUAUUGUUCGACUGAGCUGCAUGGGCGAUUAUCGAUAGAGGGCGACACUCGCAUGGUAUCAGACCGGUUGGAUCGUGCGAACAGGACCACAGAGCAAACACGGGAGGGUACUAAUGAUAGUGGAGAUACACAACCCACCGUUCAGCCACAAACAACUGGUCAGCCUCACGCCGAGAAACAAGCCGACCAGACCACUUGCUUGAACAACCAGACCUGGAUUUCCGAGCAGUCAUGGGAGGUUUUCGACGAUGGCAAUACGACGCAAUCUCCUACCCCGGAUACAACCACCAGAGACACCUCUCCCGCCCCAAAAAGACCUCGAAUUACCGAACCAUCCCAACGCUUGAGCAACAACAGAAGAGUCCAACCCCCACAAAGCGACCAUGGUGAUCUGAAUUCAUCGGAGCAUAUCGACCUCUCAAGAACAAUUCUCCAGAUGAUCAACAAUGCCCGUUCUAUCGGCCAUGCUAGAUUUCUAUCUAGAAGGCACUACGAUGAGUCGAAAAUUCUUAUAAAGAGAUUCGUAGGAAGACAUGCGGUUCCAAUGAUGUUGGACGACGACGGUCCCAAAAAUCAUCUGGUCGUGAUGGAGGAGCUACGCGCUAUGAAACGAGCGAUCGAAUUGUUGACUGGGCAUUGGUGAAGGGUGGUGAAGGGUUUGAAAUGGACAAGGUGGAAGACUUAAAGUGCAGUCGAAGGUUGUUUAUCCAUCGACGUUCCCAGAUACAACUUAACAACACUCCGCUAGUGGAAAACAAUGCCAUUCUUUC